AUGGAUGUACAUCGGGGAAUACUACUCCAGAAACGAAAUUGCACAGAGACGAAACCAAAAAAUGUCGAUUUCUUGAAUUGUGUCAUAAAUUGUGGCCUUGACAUUCAUUGUCAGAUUUGUUUCGAAACUAACUAUGGGUCAUGUGCUCAUUGUGCUUCAGACGCAGUCGUUUUUGUGGAGCCCAAAGUUGGGGGAUUUGCAAUUGGAAUGAAAGUACCGUUAACUCGUAACAUCACGGAGUCAUGUCCAGCCGGAAAGACAAUUGUGGAGAUUACAACAUCCGGCAAUUUGACUAAAACUUUGGAGUUAUAA